CGUGCCCUAGGAUGCCUCCGGCCGCAGCCCCACAGCGCCCUGCCGAUGGUGCCCCAUCCCUCCACCAUGCACAAUGAGCAGCAGCUGCCUGGCAAUGCGGUAGCCUGGCUGGCGUGUGCCGGUGUCUCGCUGCUCGCCAACGCCUGGGGCAUCCUCAGCAUCAGUGCCAAGCAGAAGAAGUGGAAGCCACUGGAGUUCCUGCUGUGCUCCCUGGCGGGCACCCACAUCCUCAGCACUGCCAUCCCCAUCACCACAUACGCUGUGGUGCAGCUCCGGCGGUGGCACUCGGGCUACGAGUGGAACGAGGGGCUCUGCAAGGUCUUUGUCUCCACCUUCUACACCCUGACGCUGGUCACCUGCUUCUCUGUCACCUCCCUUUCCUACCACCGCAUGUGGAUGGUCCGCUGGCCUGUCAACUACAGGCUGAGCAACACAAGGAAGCAAGCCGUUCACACUGUGAUGGGCAUCUGGAUGGUCUCCUUCAUCCUCUCCACUCUGCCGGCAGUGGGGUGGCACGACACCACCGAGCGCUUCUACGCCAGGGACUGCCGCUUCGUUGUGACAGAGAUUGGCCUGGGCUUUGGUGUCUGCUUCCUGCUCCUCAUUGGGGGCAGUAUGGCUGUUGGUGCUGUCUGCAUUGGCAUUGCAGUCUUCCACACUGUCUUGGGUCGACAUGGCCCUGAUGCCAGCAACAGCCGCUUCCAUGUGCCCAGCAUUGUGGUGGAGGAUGCCCAGGGCAAGCGGCGCUCCUCCAUUGACGGAUCCGAGUCUGUCAAGACCUCCCUGCAGAUCACCUACCUGAUCACUGUCAUUGUCCUCAUCUAUGACAUCCUGCUGGGCUUCCCAGUGCUGGUGGUGAGCGCUGCCAGCCUGCGCUCGGACACCUCCUCCGAGUGGAUGGUGCUGUGUCUCCUCUGGUGCUCGCUGGCACAGUCCCUGCUCCUGCCCCUUUUCCUGUGGGCCUGCGACCGCUACCGUGCCAACCCGCGUGCUGUCUGCGAGAAGUGCCGCACCGUGCUGGCCAACGACGAUGAGGAUGAAGAGAGCAGCCUGGAGGGUGCGGUGGCCGUGGCAGGAGAGCUGGUGUACGACCGCCCCUACGAGUACGGCUGCGCGGCCGAGGUCCUGGUGCUGGACCCUAUUGCCACACGUGACUUCUCAGUGCUGGAGCAGAGCCUGCCCCCAGUGAGCCCUGCCAGGACGGAGCCUGGGGACCGUAUGCAGUACCUGCAGGUGCCCCCACUGCGUCGCUUCUCCCACGACGAGACAGACUUGUGGACCAGCGGCCAGGUCGCGCGAUCCCCGGGCCCCGCGGUGCCCCCUCCCCGCAGGUACAUGUGCUCGCUGUCGCUGUUCCACUACUCCGAGUACCUGGUGACGGCCAUCAACAACCCGCGCAGCCUCUCGCUGGAUUCCUUCCUGCUCAACCACAGCUUCGAGUACAACCUGGCCGCGCUCUCCUCCUGGGUGGAGUUCACGCUGGAGAAGCUCCUGCUGCCAGAGAUGAAGCAGAUCACCUGGCUGAGUACUGUAGGGUUAUUGAUGGUGAUCUUUGGGGAUUGUCUGAGGAAAGCUGCCAUGCUCACAGCUGGCUCCAACUUCAACCAUAUUGUUCAGAAUGAGAAAUCGGACACUCAUACUUUGGUGACAAGUGGGGUGUAUGGGUGGUUCCGGCACCCGUCUUACGUGGGAUGGUUUUACUGGAGUAUUGGAACACAGGUUUUGCUCUGCAAUCCCAUCUGCGUGGUCGGCUACACAUUAGCAUCCUGGCGCUUCUUCAGGGAGAGGAUAGAAGAGGAGGAGAUCACGCUCAUUCACUUUUUUGGAGAGGAAUAUCUGGAGUACAAAAGGAAGGUGCCAUCAGGUCUUCCUUUUAUUAAAGGAGUGAAAGUGGAACUGUAACGCAGGCUGGAACUGGACUGGUUGAGAGAACCUUCAGCUCUGGGUGAGGAACUAUGCAGAGUGCUGGCGCCGAGCAGCCUGCUCCCAUUUCCCAGCUGUCCGCUCGCUGAGGGCUGCAGGGCUGGGCGGCCUUCCAGGUCACUAGGAGAUCAGCAGCUCGUUCAUCCUCCUCGAGAUAAGAGUCCUCCGUUGCACAUUCAGGGAUCUUCUGGAUAACUUAGCCUAUAGCAAUCUUAAAGAGAAACGAUCCUCCUGCCUAAAACAGCUGAAUUGUACUGAAGCUCAUGUGGGCCGAUUCCUCUGGAAAAUGAGUUUUGCCCUUCCACCCCUGCACUGGAAAGAUGCCAGCUGGGAUGUCGUUCUGAUGGCAUAACGCGAUUUUAAAGCUUUUUGACCUUCCAAGCCAGACAGCACAGCUUUAAUCUCUGGAGGCCUGGUCCUGCAAGCCCCUGGCUGCUUCUCGGACAGCUUGCAGGAGCACGCCUCUCUCUUUCGUCUUGUCAGAUGCACCGGUCUGUGGAACAUCUGGAUGUCAGCUGGCAGCACGGCACACAUUGGGGUUCCCCUGACACUGCUGACAGAGCUCCUCCAUGCUCCUGGCACUCUUGCAUUGCCAGCACCUCCAUGCCAUGCCCAGGGGAUGAGCUGGCUCUCGUUUCUCUCAGUGAGCUCAGGAGCCAUCUGACUGCUUCUGUCCCAAACCUCCUUGCUGUGACUGCUCUGUGCGUGCGGACGGUGCUCGUCCAAUUCCUGCUUCCAAAUCACGCUGCUUCCUGCCCUGCUGGGUGUCUUCACUGGCCAGCUCAGUCCCCAGAGAUCCCAGGGCUUUGGUUUGGAGAGUCAGGAGAGAGCUUUCAGAGAGCUGUAGUGCUUGGUUUGGGGGAAAACCUGGGAUGCUGGUGUGGAUGGGAGAAGCUUCCAGGGAAAUUCUCUACAAACAAAAAAAGUUUGGCUUAAUGCUAUUUUAAACAUUGCCAUUUUGGAAAUGGUUCCUAUUCAAGCUUUGUGGUAUAAUUUAUUCAGUUGUGAUAUACCAAAGAGGUUCACUGUUUUCUUGGGUUUUACGUAGUUCUUCCUUGCUGGAAUGGAAAUGAGUUGCUUGUCAGUACACGCUUCGGGCUUGCAGUAUUCCUUGGCAAGAUACUGCGAUUCAGCUCAGGAAAGAGGGCACUGAUGGGAAUCGCUUUUGUGACUUUUUUUAUAAAAGAGAAAAAAAAUAAUUGCCAACUUCUGUCUGGUUGUUAUUUGGGGACGUUGAGGUGAUGGUCAGAGCAUCAAACCGUGAAUUCCUAAUUUUAUAACUCCCGAUGGGUUUUCAGUACUCUUCAGUGUUACACUGAAGUAUGACUACAACUUCCAGUAACUGAAUCGCGUAGCUGGUGAGAUAGGUGCAAAUCCUUGGUCUCUACUUGCUUAACCUGUGCAGAAUCCUUUCUUCUCAGGGUUAUGCUUUGUACUACAGAGUACUUUCUGCACUGAGUAUCAGCUUAAAACGUUCGCUGAUAGAUUCUUUUACUAUGUUUUUAGCUUGGAGGAGAAGAACAAACAUGAAAAUAUAACAACCAGGUAGUAUUGA